AUGGGGUUCCUCUCUGGCCUGCGGGGCCCCGUCCUUCUGCUGGUACAGUACAGCUUAGUUUGUGCUGCAGCAGCAGCAGCAACAGCAGCAGCAGCAGCAGCAGCAACAGCAGGUACAGCAGUUGCUGUUGCUGCUGCAGCACAAGACCCUCCACCCCCAUGGGAAACAGCAGCAGGGGGGCCCCUAUCCCCCAAUGUUAUAGAUGUGGGGCUGUUGCCUGCGAGUGUAGCUGAGGGCCCCGCCGAGGGGGAGGUCGAGGGGGCCCCGGUGAGGGUAACGAAGAAGAAGGAGAAGAAGAAGAAGAAGAAAGCGAGAGUGCCGCCCCCAUGGGAAACAGCAGCAGGGGGGCCCCUAUCCCCCAAUGUUAUAGAUGUGGGGCUGUUGCCUGCAUGGGGUGUACGUUGGGCUGACGAAGAGGGGGGCUCUCUGAAUGAAGUUUUUAGCUUCGAGGUACAGGAAGAGGAGGAUGAGUCUUCUGCUGCUGCAGUACCCGGGUGGGGUGUACGUUGGGCUGACGAAGAGGGGGGCUCACUGAAUGAAGUUUUUAGCUUCGAGGUACAGGAAGAGGAGGAUGAGUCUUCUGCUGCUGCAGUACCCGGCAGCAGCAGCAGCAACAACAACCCAGCAGCAGCAGCAGCAGCAGCAGCAACAGCAGCAACAGCAGAUGAAGGACCAGGACAAGCAGGAGCAGCAUCAGGGAGCAGCAGCAAGGCUCCUGCUGCUGCAGCAGCUGUACCCUUACCCCCACCCCCAGCCCGGGGUAUACUAGUGGGGCCCCUACCGGGGCCCCAAUCUAUAGACUGGGAGGAGUUGUUUAAUAUAUGGGACUACGAUGAGGACCCAUACACCCCAACGGAGAACUCGUUGGUGGCCAACAUAUCGGGGCUGCAAGAGAUAAAGAGAGCGCUGCCGCCUACACUGAUCUAUGCUGUUGUGCUGCUGGUGCUGCUUGCUUCGGCUCUAUCGAACCCAGAGAACUCGUUGGUGGCCAACAUAUCGGGGCUGCAAGAGAUAAAGAGGGCGCUGCCGCCUACACUGAUCUAUGCUGUUGUGCUGCUGGUGCUGCUUGCUUCGGCUCUAUCGAACCCCAUUGCUGCAGCAAAAAACGCAAAGAUUGCUGCUACAAGAAGAGAGAUUGCUGCAGCAAAAAGAGAAGGAUAUACUAUCACCGAAAAAAUAAAGAUGCUGCAGGAAGCUGCUGCUGCGCUGCAGUCCGAGGGUGCUGCUCCUGCUGCACUGCUUGUGGGGCAGCAGCAAUCCUUAGAGGCCCUAGAACAGCUUCGUUCUGCUGUUUAUCCGGCUGCCGCCGCAGGGGCAAGAGGAGGGGAAUACAGAUGCAGCAGCAGCAGCAGCAGCAGCAGCAGCAGCAGCAACUGCAGCAGGAAAGGCUACAGACAAACGAAAGAAAGGAACACAGAAUAA